GCGGUAAUGCCGAAAGCUGUUUGCAAACCGCCGAUAUAAUAACAGAAGAAGAAGAAACUUUACAGAACGUAGAAGAUUUGUUUGACAAAUGGCGGGUGCUUUGAAAGAAAAACAACUUGUACGACAUGUUUAUGCUGCAUUGCAGGCUGCGUCUUGUCCCUUGGUGGAAGGUCUGUACCUCCAGGAGACAGACAGCAUGCUCCAGCUGCUGUGUGCUCCCUCUCAGCACCGCACAGACAUACUGGCGUGGAUUUGCAGCAGUGUCAACCCAAACUUUACCAAUUCCAAGGUGAUGUCAAUGAGAUCCAAAGGCCCAGAUGUUUUGACUGGAGAAAUGGCUGUGAUUGGGCAGGAGCUGAUGCUGUGCAGAGCAGAUGACCUGGACCUGAUCAGGGGCGAUGCCACUCCUCUCUGGCAGCUUCAGUUCCUGAAGCAGCUUCUAUCUUUAGUGCCUGCCUGCAAGAAGCCUGCUGGGCACAGAGUGGAUCAGGAAACGCUACUGAACGAGCUCUACGCUGCUGAGAAUCUGCCUCACUUCACACAAAUGCUCAACCCAACUCUCGACCCCUGGCCUGCACACAUCAAGGCUUUAUGCAAUGGCUCCAAGUCAUCAUCUUAUAAGUCAAGUAGAGAAGUGGCUGCUGAUGUUGCCCCCCUUUUAGAGCUGGCUCAGUCAACACUGCAGAAGCUACAGUCAGAGUGUGAGUUCCUGAGCAAAGAGGCGCAGAGUCCUGGUGUCUUCUCCCCGAGCUCCCUGCGUGUGGCAGCGAGCGACCUCCAGCUAUUGAUGACCACGUUCAGCCAUGUCUUUGAAACAGACCUGAGAGCUUACUGCAGCAGAGAUCCGCCCAGCUUCAGCACAGAGACCGACGUCUUCGAGAGAAUACACCAACUACUGCUGACCUUCAUCAUGCAGUUGGAAAUGCUAAAGGAAAUAUCAGAGGCUUCUGUAUCUAUGACUGAAGAAGUAAACCAGCUACACACACAGCCUAGCUACCGGAGCCGAGGAGAGAAGCGCAAUUUACAGGACCAACUGGAGGAGCUUACCAGGCGGAUUGGAGACUUUUUCUCCCUGUUUCAUUCCUGAUCCCUCACAUCAUGCAGUGCACAGAAACAUCAAAGCAUCAGGGGGAAUGUUGAUUGAUUGCUGAGCAAAGCACUUAAAAUGAUGUUAAGACAUUUUGGGAAAGUCUGAGCUGUUAAAACUUUAACAGUCAAACAGAAGAGUUGUUGUUUGAUUUCUCAAAGGUUAACCAGUGACGGCAGAACUGUGCUCAUCUUACUCUGUGUGUCAUGGAGACCGAAUACUGUUUCAAACAAACCCUGUUUAUUAUCGGGGCAGGUUGUGUGUAAUCUUUUACAUCAUUAUAUUGGCAACAAUGUAUUCCAUCAUGUCAUUAAUGAAUGACUCAACAGUAAUAAGCAAAAGGCUGUCGGUGGGUUUGUUUUGUUAGUAAUUGUAAAAUAACAAUUCAACAAUCCUGUUUUUACCAUAACUUGUAUUGUCCUUUGCACUACGCCAUAUAAAUGUUCAUAUUGUAUUAAAUAAUGUUUUAAACUUCAA